GGGGUUGCCGCUGUUUCCCCGCUUCUGCGAUCACUUCUCCGUGCCUCAUGCCUCCAGGCUGCCCAGAGGUCAUGCCGCCGAUUGUUCGCAUGUACUCAACGCCCAUCCUUUCUCUUCUACGCCGGAGAGUCAGAGACUGGCGGAGCACUGCAGCUGCCUGUGAUUCACGCAGGGUCAAUCACACUGCGUCGAUCAGUGCUAGGUAGGAAGCCUGAGGUUUCCUGAGUUCGUGUACCAGAGCUAGAUCCCCUGCCAUGGCCAAGAAGGGCCCGCCGUAUACCGACGACCCGGAGUGUAAAUAUGUGGUCGUCGAAGAUCCAUUCCCGGGACACAGAACGGGCAAGGCGCGGGACCAGGCGUACUGGGACUGGCUCAGUGGAUGGGUCUACUACAUGACCGGCAAGAAGGCAGACCCUACGUCGAUCUAUUUUGUCCAUACGAAAGAUGAAGUCAUUGUGCAACUACCAGAGGAAUACGACGUGACACCAAUUCUCGGUGUCCAUGUCUGGCGUGAGGUGCUCAAGUGGGGGCAGGAGCGAGAUAAAGAUCGCGUCUCAUACGUCUUCGAGUACAACUACCGAAACCAUGGCCGCCCUGAGAGUCAUGGCUGGGAAGAAGCAUGGCCCACCGGUGGCGGCCCUAAUGACCCGAAUAAGUUUCCUGUCAAGUUUCCGUAUCCCCACCCGCAUUGGGCGACAGUUCGGGGAAGGAACUGCGCAAGUCUGGCAUUGCCACUCCCCCGGACUCGGGAGCGUACGCCAACUCCUCCACCUCCAGAACCAAUUUUGUUCGAGCCAUACGAAGCACCUGCGCACCUGGCUGAUGCUCGGAAUGCGCAACUGGACGAAGAAUUGCACGAGCCAGAAGAGCAAGAUGUAAAGCCAACGAUAGGUGUACCGUUGCCAGGGCAAUUCUUUGUAGAUAAGCGAGACCCUUACGAAGAAGAGGAUGCAGCACUCCGACUCGUCAAACAAGAACCAUCGAACGAUCCAAUCCUCGUGAAGGCUGAGCCUUCCGAGGUGAUAGUGAAACAAGAACAUCCUGAACCUAGAGCAGAACCGCAACCUUCCGAAGCGUUUCUUGCGGCCUUCAAUCGCCUGGAACGCACACGCGCCGGUCAAGAGUCAAGUGCGAAGCGCGAGCCGUCCCCGACCGGGGAGCCUCAGCCAUCACAGGAGUUCUUGGCUGCAUUCCAGCGAUUGGAACGAACGCGCGCAGCGCAAGGCCAGGUUGAGCCGGGGCCAUCAAGGACACCUAUCCAGACGCAACUUACUCCGCCCACAGAUCGCGCACGCUCUGAUACGUUGGCUACGAGCACCUCACCAGAACGCGCGCGCUCGGGGACAUGGACGCUAACACCCGGCGUACGCGUCAAGCCGGAGCCUCAAGAGGACGCGCUACCCCCAACACCGUUCCAGACCGCGCAGGGCGUUAGUCAUGCCCCAAGGCUCGCGGCACAGAACAUGCGAGUGAAGCCAGAACCCCAAGAAAUGAGGUUACCUCCUCCAUCGCGUCCCACUGAACCUGCUGCGGUCCGGGUGAAGCCUGAGCCGCAAGACCACAGGAUACCUCCACCUGCGUCCGCACGUCCUCCAGAGGACGUGCGCACGCAAGACCCGAGGCAGCGCAGUAAACUCCCGUCCUUCAAACGCGUGAAGAGGGAUGAAGACGAAGGCACCGCGAAGCGAAUCAAGACCGAGCAUGAGCACAGAUAUCCGUGACAGACCGCGGUACAAUUACCCUGCCAUCCUAUGUAGGACUCACCACACUACAAUAGA